AUGAGUUACAUCGAGGAAGCUUCGUCGACGAUGCCUUCUGCCCCAAUCAACCCAGCCAAUCUACCCGAGAACGAGCAAAUACCCAUUACUAAGAAAAAAAGGGCCCCCAAAGGAAAGAGGCAAGACAAAAACCUCAUUCAAGAUACUUCAUUCGAAAAUAUACGACCACCACCUUAUUACUUUGAAGGUGGUCUGCGACGUGUUGCUCCCUACCAUUUUACGUAUAAAACAUGGUGCAAAAUGCGAUGGAGAGGCAGAAAACUUCUGGAUGUUUUCGAGAGCGAAUUCAGGGAUCGUCCGAUAGCAUAUUAUAAGAAUGCCAUGGAGACGGGUCAAAUCCGCGUCGACGGUAAACCCACUACCCCAGACCAUAUUCUCCAGAAUGGAGAAUUGGUAUCGCAUACAAUACAUCGGCACGAGCCACCCGUUACAGCCGAUCCGAUAGGAAUAAUUCAUGAGGACGAUGACAUGAUUGUGGUAAACAAGCCUUCUGGCAUACCAGUCCAUCCUGCAGGAAGAUACAGCUUCAACUCGGUCAUCGAGAUUAUGAGGGCCGAGAGGGGCCCGGAAUGGAUUGCGUAUACUUGCAAUCGGCUUGAUAGGCUGACUAGCGGGAUCAUGUUUGUUGCGAAACACCGCAAGGCAGCUGAACUUCUAGGCAAUCAGAUCGUGCAAAGAAGUGUGCGCAAGGAGUAUGUUGCCAGGGUAAUAGGUAAUUUCCCUGACGAGGAGGUGGUGUGCAACCAACCAUUACUUCAAAUAUCCCCGAAGCUUGGGUUGAACCGUGUACGAGCAUCUGGAAAAACCGCUCGGACUGUCUUCAAAAAGCUCGCUUAUUAUCCACCGCGUGAGCCUCGGAAACAAGAGAACAGUGAAGAUCUCGUGGUAUCGGAGGAGGGCACCGAGGACAAGAGUAGGCCGUGGUUGCAGAAAGAGGGAUACUCCAUCGUACGGUGCCUCCCGGUUACGGGUAGGACUCAUCAAAUACGAGUCCAUCUACAACAUUUAGGACACCCCAUUCAAAAUGAUCCUAUUUAUGCUAAUCAAAGAGUGUGGGGCGCUAAACUUGGUUACAAUGAUCCCGAUGCUCUUGAAAACACAGACGACGAUAUCAUCACGCGCCUUGAUCGUAUGGGAAAGGAGGAGGUCGCAGAUGCGGUUGCUUACCACGACGAAAUGGUGGAUGAAUAUUACAAGAAGAAGGCGGAGAAGAUGUCUGGUGAGCUCUGCAAAAUUUGCGAUACGCCGUUAUACACAGACCCGGGGCUGCAAGAGCUCUCCUUGUGGCUACAUAGUCUGCGAUAUGAAGACGCAGGUGGUAGUUGGAGUUAUGUCAGUCCUCUUCCCAACUGGGCUCUGCCUCCAUCUGGCGUAUCGGGACCGACAGAAGUAGGAGGCAUGGAAGAACUAGUGUCAGCAGUAAAAGACGUCAAUCCAGAGAUUGCGUGA